AUGAGCAACAAUUCUCUCAAGCAGCUUGCAAGAUAUCACCCAAACCAUCCUGAACCAAAGACAGUUGCUGAAUUCUUCGGAUAUAUCAAAGAUGUGAACUACGUUGAUCCUGAUCCAGUCAAUCACCAAAACUGGAGAAAUGAAGAAGAAAUGAAGGAAGCAGCUUACAUUGAUGAGCUAAAAACUCUUGAGGAGUUCAAAACCACACGUAAUGACUGGUUUGUCAAAGAAACAAGGAGGAGAGGCAAAAAGGUUGCCCCUAAAUCACAGGAGGGUGAGGGGUCUUCGUCACAGCCAAAGAAAAAGCAAAAGAAAGUGGCAAAGACGUUAUUGAUUGAUGAGCCUGAGGUUGAAGAGCCGGUGGUAACCGCGGAAGAAGAUCCGUAUGCUGAUAUUGAUCAAGUGAUGUUAAAUGUUGAUGAUUUAGUGUCUGAGCAAGCUGCUAAUGUAGAAGCUGAGAAAGAGAAGGUUAUUGAAGAUAUCGAAGGUGAUGAUGUUGAUAAAGAUACUACAAGUUCUUCGAGUUCUUCAGAUGAUGAAAUAGAUGAGGCUGAACGUCUAAGAAGAAUUCAAGAAGCAACAGAGAAAGAGAAACAAUUAAGGAAGAGGAAGAGACAGGAGAAAGAUGAUGUUGCAUACGUUCCAUCUCCUAAGCAUGUCUAUGAAUCGCAAUCACCUUCAAGUGGUAGAAAGAAAGCCGGAGCAAGAAAAAGAAUUGUAUCUCCUAAGAUAAUGAAAGUUACUACGAAGAUUACGAAGCUGAAGAUUGUGUUAAAGAAGAAACCUUCCAAAGAACCGAGUCUUCAUAUUCCUCCGGAUAAUCUUGAAGAUAUUGGAGAUUUUGGCUUUGCAAACGAUGAACAAGUUAAGAAGCUAGAAAAGAAGAUGGAUGACGUGUUCAAUGAAAACAAUGUGUUAGCAGCUGAGAGCAAGAAAAUAGCUGAUCGGGAAAAGAUUCUAGAAAUGCGUCUAAAGAAGCUAGAAUCUGAAAACAAGUCUUUGUUAAAGAAGAUUGAUAAGGAUCAGACUGAGAUUGAUUUCCUGAAGGUGCGAGUGGCUGAACUUGAAGAAGAAAAGGCUCGCAGAGAUGAACAGAACAAAUAUUUCGAGAUAAAAAACAAAGAGCUUGAGGCUGCAAAGGCACUGAAAGAGCACGAGUUCUACAUGUUGAAUAAAGUAGUGGAGAAUAUGCUCGGAACGUCGAUUGAACAAAGAUUUGAAGAGAUACAAGUUGAAGAGCUUAGGGCUAAACGCCAAGCUGAGAUUGAUGAACAGAUAAAAGAUAAGGGAAAGGGUACUGAAAGCAGUGUGGCAGUUGUUGAAAGAUCAAUUGUUCCAUCUUUAGUGAUUGAAAACCUUGUUCCUAUAUCCUCUAUUUCUAGAGUCUUUGAAGAGAAUGUAUCUUUAGAGGAUCUUGCUGGUGAUGAUGAUGAAGAUGAUGAAAAAGAGGAUGUUGAGGAAGAAGGUGAUGAUGAGGAUGAUGAAAAUGAGGAUGAUGAUGAAGAGGGUGAUGACGAGGAAGAUGAUAAUGAUGAGAAAGUCUUUUCUGCUAGCAGUCAUGGUUCUGAUAAUGAUGAUGAUGAUGCUCAAGGUGGUAUGGGAAUUAAGGUGACUGAACAGUCAAGUCAAGGAACUUUUGAUGAUUUUUUGAAUGACAGUGUGAAUGAAGAGACAGGGGGAGCUGAAGGAAAGGGGGAGCAUGGUGAUGAUCAGAAUGUUGAUCAAGUUGAGAAGUUGAUUCUUCGAAUUAAACCUCAUGUUGAAGAAGGUUAG